AUCAUCUCUGCAUGAUCGGUGGACGGCGUUUCUGUUCACAGUCGGUAUCUGCCAGUGUUCUAUUCUUGUAGUGUCUCUUCUCCCCGUAGGUUUCGUUGGCACAGUCAAAAUUGCGAACGCACGGCACCCAGACAGACCCAACCAGCCCGAAGAACAGCGCGGCACUAACUCUCCAUGAGCGACUACUACGGCCCGGUGAGCAACAGCGGCAGCGGUCCGGCGACGGUGAAUGACUCCAGCAGCAGACCGCCGAACAUUCCCGUCAACACGGACGCCGGGAAGAUCUUCGUCGGGGGUCUUUCCUGGCAAACCACCGAAGAGAGUCUGCGUUGGCACUUUGAGCAGUACGGUUCCGUCGUGUCCGUCGAAGUCAUGCGGGAUCGACACACGGGAGAUCCCCGCGGAUUCGCCUUUGUCGUCUUUGCCGAUCACGCCACGGUCGAUCUCGUCAUGGACGAAGACUCGCACGAAAUUAAUCACAAAAUUGUGGACGUCAAGCGCGCACAAGCCCGAGGCGUGGCACCGCCCUCGAUUCACGGACGCGACGCCAGCCACGGUGCCGACCCUUCCGCGCAUCCCGUGCCCAACGCCUCGGAACGCCCGAAUCCGCUUGGAGGAAACAGUGUGGGGGGCGAGGAUCUUACUCCCGAACAAAUGGGCAACAAGGUAUUCGUGGGGGGAAUUCCUCCGCACAUUGAUCGGGACGGACUCCGAGACUUGUUCGAACCCUUCGGCGCCGUCACGGAUGCCAUCGUCAUGAUGGACCAGACAACGAUGCGCUCGCGCUGUUUCGGUUUCGUUACUUUCGAAGACGGAUCCAACGGCGCCCAGAAAGCCGUUGACGCCCAACCGCUUCAGGUACAGGGCCGCCGCGUAGAAGUCAAACUCGCCACUCCCCGCGCCGAACAACCA